AUGUCAACAGCAACACUCACGUAUCUUGCUGGUGGUGAUGAUGGAGCGAUUAGGGUGAAAACAGCCUCUCGUGCAGUCGGUGGACUUGAGGUCCUCGUGCGCAUCACCCAUUCAGGUGUAUGCGGCACUGAUGGUCACGACCGAGUUGCUGGAUGUGGCUUGGGUCAUGAGGGAGUCGGCGUUGUAGAAGAGACCGGAAAGGAGGUGACGCAUUUCAAGAUCGGCCAGCGAGUUGGAUGCAGUUGGCAAACAUCGAUUACUGUCUUUGAGGCUUUACAAAUUUCAGGAACCAAGGCGACCGAUCGCGUGGGAAUUAUUGGUUUAGGUGGUCUGGGUCAUAUCGCUGUACUGUAUGCCCGCGCCAUGGGCUGCGAUGUGGUUGUGUUCUCUGGCUCGGAAAAGAAGAAGGCAGAUGCUUCAGAGCUUGGGGCAUCGGAGUUUCAUGUUCUCAAAUCCGGAGACCAGUCAACCUCAGACACGCCAGCGAAUAUUGACGUGAUGCUCAUCUGUGGAGGCACUGUCUCCGAUCUGACCCCCAUAAUGCCCCUACUUCGGCGUCGCUCGAGAAUUGUUCCUCUGACAAUACAAGCGGAACCGCUCAUCGUCCCAUAUAUGCCCCUGAUCCUGCCCGGGACUCAAAUAAUUGGAAGCACUGGGGCCUCGGACGAGAACCGCGAACUUGCACUCCUUUUUGCUGCACGUCACCAAAUCAAGCCGUGGGUUGAAGAGUUCCCUAUGAGCGCAGAUGGAUUGACAGAGGCUUUGGAGAAGCUGCAGAGCGGCUCUAUACGCUAUCGAGCAGUGCUGAGCACGGAGCUGGGGAAUGGAUUGCACUGA